GAUCGCAAAGUUUUAAUCUGCUCGGGGAGGUGAGCGCUGCGAUAUGUCUACUGUGGAGAGAACUUGCGUGUUGGAAAAAGGCCCCUCGGGCUAUGGUUUCCAUCUUCACACCGAAAAGGGUCGCCCGGGACAGUUCGUCCGCCUGGUGGAGCCCGACUCCCCCGCAGAUAAAGCAGGGUUGCGAGCGGGCGACCGCAUAAUCCGGGUGUGCGGGGAGAACGUGCGGGAGCUGCCACACCAGCAGGUGGUCGCCAGAAUCCGGGCUUCCACCGAACAGCUGGUUCUGGAAGUGGAGAGAGCGGCAGAGGAGCCAGAAGUGGCGACCAAUAAUAACAACACGGCCAGUGACGCCCAGAUUCCUGCACUCUUGGAAACACCUGCAGUUAAAAAGAAGGAUCUACGUCCUCGACUAUGUUCCAUGAAGAAGGGGCCUAAUGGAUAUGGCUUUAACUUACACAGUGACAAAACACAGCCUGGACAGUUUGUUAGAGCAAUUGACCCUGACUCCCCUGCUGAAAAGGCUGGACUCCUGCCCCAAGACCGCAUUAUAGAGGUCAACGGAGUCAGCAUGAUUGGAAAACUGCACAGCGACGUGGUGAGCUCCAUAAAGUCAGGAGGAGACGAAACUACUCUGCUUGUUGUGGAUCCAGAGACUGACUUGUUCUUCAAAGAAUGUGGUGUAACACCUGGAAGAGAGCACCUGCAAGGACCUUUGCCUGAGAAAAUUGUCAAUGGGAGCUUCGAAAAGAAUGUCAAGGAAGAUGAACAGGAGAAUGAAGUCACACUUUCUUCCCCUGUCUACGAGCCUGAGGUUUUAACACCCACAGAGGACACACCUAAGGAUGUGCAAGAUUCUUCUCCCAAGCGUACGUUGAGUACAGAGGCCUCAGUUGAUCCACUUCUAGACCUGAAUAUGUCACUGGCUGUAGCAAAGGAGCGUGCUCACCAAAAACGCUCACAGAAAAAAGCACCACCUAUGGACUGGAACAAGAGAAAAGAGGUGUUUAGUAGCUUGUGAGCAGAAGAAACAUGUCAAAGAACUCAUUGCACUAAUCGUCACCAUUCCCAGUGUCCAGCUUUUCCCAUACUGCUGCCACCACAUUGUACUUUGCCCCUCUUUUUUGGGGGGUUGUUGUCCAUCACCAGCUGUUGGGUUAAUACAUAAUCCUGGUUAGUCUGUGAAUCCGUCCUGGUGUCCGGAUGUUAAAAGCACCUGGACUCGAAUGCUGUAUCAGUCUGAUUUUUGGCACUUGGCUUGAAAAGAUGUCCAUUGUAUUAACAUGUGUUCUACAAAUGGAGCUGGUGCUUCCUGAAGCUUAGUGACUGGCCUUACACCUCUGUGUUGGUACACAAAAAACUGCUCUGAAAUGAUCUAAUGAAUGCAAGUAAUUUCCUGCUGAUGUUCACUUUUUUGGGGGGGAGAUUAUAACUAGAUAUUUUGCUAUUUAGCUAAAUACAUUUUCUCUACUUUUAA